AUGACAGAUUCAGAUUCAAGUACGAUCAGCAAAUUGGACGCAGACAGUGAUUAUAUGAAGCGUCGUUAUUUGAAUAAUACUAAAAGAUUGCUGGACAGCGAAGAAAGUGAUAGUAGUCCAUCACCUCCGAGUUAUGCUGUAUUUGAAGAUGAAGAUGGUAAUCUGGUCAAUCCAGCUCUCAAUGUGAUCUGGCCAGCACGUCCGCAUCGAGGACGCUAUUCACUUAGUGAAUAUAAAGAGCAAAAACAACGUUUGCAAAAACAUGCCGAGGAACGGCGACAAAAUAAAAAGUACAAUCUCAAACUCACUCUGUUCUUAAAUACUUUAAUGAUAGGCAAUGUAAUUACAUCGAAAGAUGCUUAUCUCGGACGAAAACAAGACGUUCUGCAUAGGAAAUGCGUUAAACAAUCAGAAGGACAGCCUGAUGUAUUACGUUCCAAUACAUCAAAACAAACAAAAGGUAGCAACAAUAUCUAUGUCGGUGUUCGGUCGGCAUCAAGCUUACGUUCCAUCUUGCAACCUACAGAAUUUCGACUCUUUUAUAUGCAGCCAGAAUCAAUGAAUUCAUUUGAUCAGAUGCCUGUCAAAAUGCCAUUGAUGUUGGCUUAUAUGAGUUCAUCUGGAAAAAUGUACAAUUUCAGUUUCAAAAGGCAUGAAUAUACUUCUGGGACAUUUUGGCAACUGGAUUUGAAUGGUAUCGAAGGUCCCGAGCAACCAAUAUUUCAUUCAAUAUCAACGCUGGUACGAUAUUAUAAAUUGUUUGUUAUCAAUUGUAGCGAUGGCAGAUCGGAAAUAUUUCCAGUGGAUUAA